AUGGCGACUCCCUCAGCUCCUUCCUCUUCUCUUCCUCCUAAACCCCAUCAGUCGUCAUCCGCUUCCUCUCCUCUUUCUCCUCCUUCUUCCAUUCUCAUCAUCGGCUCUGGCGUCUUUGGCUUGACCACCGCCUAUGCCCUUUCUCGCCGUCAUGACUUCGUCAACACCACCAUCACCGUCGUAGACAGGGCCGACCCGUCUAACCCAGACGUCUUCCCCGCUCCCGACGCUGCCAGUGUCGACACCAGCCGCAUCAUCAGAGCCGACUAUCCCGAUGCUGCCUACGCUGCCCUAGCCGCCGAAGCUCAGCUUCAAUGGCGCCAACAAACCCACCCCGAUGACCUUGGGUCAGAAGGACGUUACUCCGAGAGUGGCCUUCUUGUGGUCGCUGACGGACCAGCUCCACCACCGGGAACACCUGUGGUACCUGGCACCAGCGUCAUCGACAAGUCCAAGCUUACAGGCAUGGACUACGCCCGCUUUAGCUGGGCCAACGUGCUUUCUCUCGCCUCCAGUGACCCCGAGCUUGCCGCCCGAAUCAAGGAGUGCCCCAACACCGACGCCAUCAAGGCAGCCCUGGGCACCGGCGGCUCCUCCGGCUCCUGGGGCUACAUCAACGGUCUGUCCGGCUGGGCCAACGCCGGUGCCUCCAUGGCCUGGCUCUACAAGCGCGUCAGAGCUGAGGACCGUAUCAACUUUGUCGUCGGCGAAGUGACCAAUCUUGAAGUGUCUGGUAACACCGUUACCGGCGCCCGACUUUCAGACGGCCGCGUCCUCUCCGCCGACCUCGUCAUGGUUUCCGCUGGUGCCUGGACCGGCCGUCUCGUCGACCUGACAGGACAAGCCAUCGCCACUGGCCAAGUGCUCGGUUACAUCGACCUCACGCCCGAGGAAGAGGCUCAGCUGGCCCACAUGCCCGUCAUCCUCAACCUCUCCACAGGCCUCUUCGUCAUCCCACCCAAGAACGGCGUCCUCAAGGUCGCUCGGCAUGCCUACGGCUACCUGAAUCCCACGACCUUGUCCGUCCCACCGCUCGUGUCUUCCGUCACCACACCGGCAGCGGCUGUGUCUCUUCCUUUGACCACCCUCACAAACCCAACGCUCCAAAUCCCCACCGAAGGCGCCGAUGACCUCCGCCGCGCUCUACAUGAGAUGGUACCCCUCCCCUCGCUCCGCGACCGACCCUUUAGCAAGACUCGCAUUUGCUGGUAUUCGGAUACCCCGACGGCGGACUUCAUCAUCGACUACCAUCCCGAAUACAAGGGCCUGUUUGUGGCUACGGGCGAUAGUGGGCAUGCGUUCAAGUUCCUGCCGGUCAUUGGCGAGAAGAUUGCCGAUGUCAUCGCCGGUCAGUGUCCGCCAGAGUUCGUGGGCAAGUGGAACUGGAGGUAUCCCGCUAGCGAUGCUGCCAUCAAGACCGUGAUCACGGAGGAUGGUAGCCGUGGCGGAGUCCCAGGACUGAUCUUGUCUACGGAGUUGGAAAGGACAUCGGCUGUACUCAACUAA